CGCAGGAGAUUUAGUAGCUAACUUUGCUGGAAGGUUUUGCGCACGUGGUUUUAAUGGGGGUUGCUAAGUUCGGGGGUUUGGGGCCUUACGUGCGUAUGGCUUGCGGGGAAACGGGAGCGGACUGGAAUAGUGCGACUUCUAUGAUUGGGGAUUGCGUCAUCGAGACGCUGGACGAGUUUUGGAUUGUGUGUGUUUCUCUAGGAUUGACCUUGUUUGGAGUAGCAUUUGAGGUGGUGGACUUUUUCUUCUUUUUUAGAUAAGACUUUUUUUUCUCCGCGCCC